AUGGGUAAGGACGGAAACCCGGGGGGCCAAGCGACAAGUUCUAAGGACCCUAAAAUGCAAGCAGCCAAAGUGCGAUUGCUGGAUGGGACACACAAGGACUUCGAAUUGCAUCGUGGCUCAGAUGGAGAGGCACUCUUCGCUCUGGUAAGUGCUGAUCUGUCUAUUGAGGAGCGCGAGUAUUUUUCCCUCUGCUUUUACGACACCGAGGGCACAAGACAUUGGUUGUACAAUGACAAAAAGAUACUCAGACAACUCAAAGGCCUUCCGUGGGAGUUCUGUUUCGAGGUCAAAUUCUAUCCGACCAUACCAUCUUCCCUGAAUGACGACCAUGCACGAUAUAAUCUUUUUCUUCAAUUGAGGAAUGACGUUUUUACUGGCAGAUUGCCGGCAACUAUUGAGACUCAUGCUACACUGGGUUCGUUGGUGGCUCAGGCUGAGUUUGGUGAUGCAAAACCAACUGCCGAAUACGAGCAGUACUUGCGCACAACCAAGUUUGCUCCUCAGAUGAGCGAUCAGUUGAUAGAGAUGAUAGCACAGAAGCACAAAGAGCACAAGGGGCUCACACCAGCGGAAGCUGAAAAUUUGUAUAUGGACACAUGUAAACAGCAGACGAUGUAUGGUAUAUUCGUAUUCAGCGCCAAGGAUAACAAAAACGUCCCUGUUGGGAUCGGGAUUUGCGCUCACGGCAUUUAUAUUUACAAAGAACAAAUCCGUGUGAACCGCUUUCCUUGGCAAGGAAUCAUCAAAAUCUCUUAUCGCAAAGCUCAGUUUGCGAUAAAGCUAAAAGCAGGAGAAAUUGACAGAAAAGAAGCCACCGUGUCGUAUAAGGUCGCAGAUUACCAACAUGCAAAACGGAUCUGGAAGUGCGCUGUCGAACAUCACACCUUUUUCAGACUCAUUCAACCUGAUGAAAAGCCAAAAUCAUCACUGUUCCGAUGGGGAUCAGCUCGCUUCCGAUAUCAGGGCCGUACUCAGUUCCAGACGAAAAUGGCAUCACAAAUGUUCGACAAACCAUCCAGUGUCGCAGUGCAGCGCUCAAGUAGCGCACGUUUGACACACUCACUCGACAACGUGGCACGAGAGCAGGCUCCUAGUACACAAAUAUCUCCUUUGCAUUAUGCAGAUAACGAGUUAGGUUCACAUGAGCCAUUGGCCUCGCCUGCUGUGUCGUAUGACGUUUCUGGCCAAAAUGAAAAACGCAAACUUGACGACAAGGUGGGUAAUGGUCUGCCAUCUGAUGAUGAUGAGCUUGUCUACACGCCUGUUGAAUCGCCGUCAUCUGCUGCUUAUUAUCUCUCAGAACGUUCAUCUGCGUGUUCACCUGCCUCAAAUGAUUUCUUGUUUUCGCAGCAAAUGAGAUUUGCCCCUCCGCAUUCUUGGAGAGCAACUGAGCAUGAUCGGAAUUCAUCUGGAAUGUCCAGUCGUGGUUACUACAUAUGUUCCGAGAGCGUUAAUGGCUCUCAGUCUCUUCCAAAGGAAAUCAACACUUCCCAUCAACGUGUUGUUGAGUGCAUCGAAAAGCGAGGCGAACUAGAGCAGCGUCCCAUAAACGACUCCGUGCAUAUAUAUCAUCCCGGAUAUUACCAAGAACCUCCUCAUCGUUCACAGUAUCAGAUUAACAGCGAUGCCAACAGUCAGCGUAAUGGAAUCACAACAGUUAGAAGGCUAGGACCAGAGAACGAAAUGGAUCGCCAUCCAAUUCGCUACUUCGUGGAUGUUCAGCACUCUGGAGCAAGUCAUAUACCUUCUGUGAACAGACUUCGACAUCCUGGAAAAGAAGAAUUAGGGCCUCCUGUUUUAUCAAAUUAUUCCUUCAGAAGCAUCACUGAUUCCCCUCUGCAACGCCUGGAACCUUCCAGAGAAUUAACAACUCAAAAUAUCCAACAAUAUUCAUCCUUAUACCAUCGAGGAAGCUCAAACAUUCCUUCUUCAAAGCAGCAGGAGGGUCAUUCUCUAAGAACGUGUUUGGAUGCGCGUGUUCUAUCAGGCUCUCUACCUUCCGGAUACUCACAACAUACUUCAAGGAAUAAUGACACUUCCAACACGUUAUCAUCUUCGGAAAGAUCGAGCACUAAACAAAGCACGACUGAAAGUCGUCUUGGAGCUUUCAAAUUUUGGAAAGUGGAAGAAAGCGGAAGUGGGAUGGAAGGAGAAAAUGCCUCUGAAUAUCGUAAGAGUUCCAUUGAGCCUGUGCGAAUAAAAUCAUCCAGGGGGAACACUUUAACUGUGUCAGUAGAGAAUACCCGCAGUCGCGAACAAACCUCGGUAGCAUGGCAAAAAGAGCCUACUGUUACAUCGCACACAAUGUUGGCUAAAGACCACGAAAACACAGGGCAAUUUUCAAGCAAAGCUUCGCAGCAUCCUACUCACCGAUUAUCCGGCGAAGUUCGUAAGUUAGAAUCUACUUCAGACCGUGGCACCACAGACCCGACACCGGGCCCCCCCGAGCUCCAAUCGAAACUGUCACGUGAUUGUGCCCAGGUAUACCACCAUGGACAAUCGAAGGCAAGCUCCAAGACCAUUGAAGCCUCUGCACCGCAAAUAAGUGAGACCAGGCACACUCCAGAAAAAACAGCCGUUCUUCAUUUGAAAACAUCUCCAGUGAAGGAGGGGCCGUUAAGCGAAGAAGAGUCGCGAAAGGUUCGAUUAAUUGCUCGAGUUCCUCACGGCACUUCAGGUGAAGAACAAGAGUUGGAAAAGUCGAAGAAAGAGCAUGAUUCAUCUGGACUAUUUGGAUUAUGGAGAACAUCAAAAAGUAAACAACCCGAGACGUCGGCAUAUGGAUCUAUCUAUACACCUAGCGAGAAAUAUACAGGCCCAUUGGACAUUGUCAAUAGGCAGAGAGAUAUAGAUCAACUGCCUUUCAAAGCACCUACCGCUGUGGCUUAUAAACCAUCUGCUGAUGAUUCCCAUACUUCGCAUAAUCGAUUUAACUUAUUUGGUAGGUGGCGUCACGAAGGUGACGAAGAAACGGUUGAAAAAGAUCAGGUGCGACCUGAAUCGUACGGGCUAGCAUCCACUUCAUAUGAGGGCCCUCUUGAAUCAACAACUCGUAAUAUGGAGCUGCAAUCGGAACCAUUGCGUGACUAUGCCCAAGCAUAUCACCAUGGACAAUCAUGGGAAUCUCCAAAGACAGGUGAAGCCCCUGCGGCGCAAAUAAGGGGAAGCAGACACACUCCAGAAAAAACAGCCGUUCUUCAUUUGAAAACAGUGAAGGGGAAACCGUCAUCCGAGGAAGAGUCGCGAAAGGUUCGAUUAAUUGCUCGAGUUCCUCACGGGACUUCGGAUGAAGAACAAGAGUCACAAAAAUCAAAGAAAGAGCAGGAUUCAUCUGGGCUAUUUGGAUUAUGGAGAACAGGAAAAGGUAAACAACGCGAGGUGUCGGCACAUGAAUCCAUCUACCCCUCAGACGAAAAGUACGCAGGCCCACUUGACGAUAUCAAUAGGGAGAGGGAUAUAGAUCAACUGCCUUUCAAAUCACCUGCCGCUGUGGCUUAUAAACCAUCUGCUGAUGAUUCCCAUACUGCGCAUCAUCGAUUUAACUUAUUUGGUAGGUGGCGUCACGAAGGUGACGAAGAAACGGUUGAAAAAGACCAAGUGCGACCUGAAUCUUACGGGCUAGCAUCCACUUCAUAUGAGGGCCCUCUUGAAUCAACAACUCGUCAUGCGGAGCUGCAAUCGGAACCAUUGCGUGACUAUGCCCAAGCACAUCACCAUGGACAAUCAUGGGAAUCUCCAAAGACAGGUGAAGCCCCUGCGGCGCAAAUAAGGGGAAGCAGACACACUCCAGAAAAAACAGCCGUUCUUCAUUUGAAAACACCUUCAGUGAAGGGGAAACCGUCAUCCGAGGAAGAGUCGCGAAAGGUUCGAUUAAUUGCUCGAGUCUCUCACGGCACUUCAGGUGAGGAACAAGAGUUGGAAAAGCCGAAGAAAGAGCAGGAUUCAUCUGGGCUAUUUGGAUUAUGGAGAACAGGAAAAGGUAAACAACGCGAGGUGUCGGCACAUGAAUCCAUCUACCCCUCAGACGAAAAGUACGCAGGCCCACUUGACGAUAUCAAUAGGGAGAGGGAUAUAGAUCAACUGCCUUUCAAAUCACCUGCCGCUGUGGCUUAUAAACCAUCUGCUGAUGAUUCCCAUACUGCGCAUCAUCGAUUUAACUUAUUUGGUAGGUGGCGUCACGAAGGUGACGAAGAAACGGUUGAAAAAGACCAAGUGCGACCUGAAUCUUACGGGCUAGCAUCCACUUCAUAUGAGGGCCCUCUUGAAUCAACAACUCGUCAUGCGGAGCUGCAGUCGAGACCAUUGCGUGACUAUGCUCAAGCAUAUCACCAUGGACAAUCAUGGGAAACUGCAAAAACAGGUAAAACUUCUGCUCCACCAUUGAGUGAAACCAAGCGGGCCACAGAAAAGACAGGGGUUUUGCACUUGAAAACACCUUCAGUGAAGGAGAAACCGUCAUCCGAAGAGGAGUCGCGAAAGGUUCGAUUGAUUGCUCGAGUUCAUCAUGGAACUUCGGAUGAAGAACAGCAGUCACAAAAGUCGAAGAAAGAGAAGGAUUCACCUGGGCUUUUUGGCCUGCAGAGAACAAAAAGAAAUGAACAAGGAGAAAUGACGGCAAACGAAUCCGUCUAUACAGCUUGUGAGAAAUAUACAGGGCCAUUGAAUGAUGUCAAUAGGCAGAGAGAUAUAGAACAACUGCCUUUCAAAUCACCUGCCGCUGUGGCUUAUAAACCGUCUGCUGAUGAUUCCCAUACUGCGCAUCAUCGAUUUAACUUAUUUGGUAGGUGGCGUCACGAAGGUGACGAAGAAACGGUUGAAAAAGACCAAGUGCGACCUGAAUCUUACGGGCUAGCAUCCACUUCAUAUGAGGGCCCUCUUGAAUCAACAACUCGUCAUGCGGAGCUGCAGUCGAGACCAUUGCGUGACUAUGCCCAAGCAUAUCACCAUGGACAAUCAUGGGAAACUGCAAAAACAGGUAAAACUUCUGCUCCACCAUUGAGUGAAACCAAGCGGGCCACAGAAAAGACAGGGGUUUUGCACUUGAAAACACCUUCAGUGAAGGAGAAACCGUCAUCCGAGGAAGAGUCGCGAAAGGUUCGAUUAAUUGCUCGAGUUCCUCACGGGACUUCGGAUGAAGAACAAGAGUCACAAAAAUCAAAGAAAGAGCAGGAUUCAUCUGGGCUAUUUGGAUUAUGGAGAACAGGAAAAGGUAAACAACGCGAGGUGUCGGCACAUGAAUCCAUCUACCCCUCAGACGAAAAGUACGCAGGUCCACUUGACGAUAUCAAUAGGGAGAGGGAUAUAGAUCAACUGCCUUUCAAGUCACCUGCCGCUGUGGCUUAUAAACCGUCUGCUGAUGAUUCCCAUACUUCGCAUAAUCGAUUUAACUUAUUUGGUAGGUGGCGUCACGAAGGUGACGAAGAAACGGUUGAAAAAGAUCAGGUGCGACCUGAAUCGUACGGGCUAGCAUCCACUUCAUAUGAGGGCCCUCUUGAAUCAACAACUCGUAAUAUGGAGCUGCAAUCGGAACCAUUGCGUGACUAUGCCCAAGCAUAUCACCAUGGACAAUCAUGGGAAUCUCCAAAGACAGGUGAAGCCCCUGCGGCGCAAAUAAGGGGAAGCAGACACACUCCAGAAAAAACAGCCGUUCUUCAUUUGAAAACAGUGAAGGGGAAACCGUCAUCCGAAGAAGAGUCGAGAAAGGUUCGAUUAAUUGCUCGAGUCUCUCACGGCACUUCAGGUGAGGAACAAGAGUUGGAAAAGCCGAAGAAAGAGCAGGAUUCAUCUGGGCUAUUUGGAUUAUGGAGAACAGGAAAAGGUAAACAACGCGAGGUGUCGGCACAUGAAUCCAUCUACCCCUCAGACGAAAAGUACGCAGGCCCACUUGACGAUAUCAAUAGGGAGAGGGAUAUAGAUCAACUGCCUUUCAAAUCACCUGCCGCUGUGGCUUAUAAACCAUCUGCUGAUGAUUCCCAUACUGCGCAUCAUCGAUUUAACUUAUUUGGUAGGUGGCGUCACGAAGGUGACGAAGAAACGGUUGAAAAAGACCAAUCGAGACCAUUGCGUGACUAUGUUCAAGCAUAUCACCAUGGACAAUCAUGGGAAACUGCAAAAACAGGUAAAACUUCUGCUCCACCAUUGAGUGAAACCAAGCGAGCCACAGAAAAGACAGGGGUUCUGCACUUGAAAACACCUUCAGUGAAGGAGAAGUCGUCAUCCGAGGAAGAGUCGCGAAAGCUUCGAUUAAUUGCUCGAGUCCCUCACUGGACUUCGGAUGAAGAACAAGAGUCACAAAAAUCAAAGAAAGAGCAGGAUUCAUCUGGGCUAUUCCGCUUAUGGAGAGCAACGAAAAGUAAACAAGGCGAGAUGUCGGCAAAUGAAGACAUCUAUACACUUAGUGAGAAAUAUACAGGGCCAUUGGACGAUGUCAAUAGGCAGAGAGAUAUAGAUCGACUCCCUUUCAAUGCACCUGCCAAUGUGGGUUAUAAACCAUCUACUGAUGAUUACCAUACUCAUCGUCAUCGAUUUAACUUAUUUGGUAGGUGGCGUCACGAAGGUGAUGAAGAAACGGUUGAAAAAGAUCAGGUGCGACCGGAAUCGUACGGGCUAGCAUCCGCUUCAUAUGAGGGCCCUCUUGAAUCAACAGCUCGUCAUAUGGAGCUGCAAUCGAAACCAUUACGUGAUUAUGCUCAAGCAUAUCAUCAUGGACAAUCAUCUGAUACUGCCAUGACAGGUAAACUCCCCUCAAAGACUGCAGUGCUUCAUUUGAAAACAUCUCAAAUGAGGGAACUAUCAUCAGCUCCCGUAGCUGAAGACGGGACAGGAAAGUACCGGUUAAUUGCUCGAGUUUCUCAUGAUACCGAUACGCAGAGAGAUGUAGACAAAAUUCAAUUAAAAUCACCUGCUUCUCUAGCUUAUACAACAUCUGCGGAUGAUGCUCACGCCACGCAUCACCAUAUGCACUUAUUUGGUAGGUGGCGUCACGAAGGUGACGAAGAAACGGUUGAAAAAGAACAGGUGCGACCUGAAUCGUACGGCUUAGCAUUUAGUUCGUAUGAGGGCCCCCUUCAAUCAACAACUCGCCAUGAAGAGAUGCAAUCGAAGCCUUUGCGUGAUUAUGCACAGGCAUAUCACCAUGGACAAUCAUGGGAAAGUGGAAAGAUAAGUAAACUCUCCCCAAAGACUGCAGUACUUCAUUUGAAAACAUCCGAAAUGAAGGAAGUAUCACCCUCUAGAUCUGGAGAAGAGACAGGAAAAUACCGUUUGACUACUCGAGUAUCUCAUGGGACUCGUGAUGAAGAAUACGGGUUGAAAAGACCAAAGAAAGAGCAAGAUUCACCUAGAGUUUUCAGUUUAUGGAGAACAGGAAAAAGCAAGCAAGUUGAGAUGUCGACAAACGAAUCUGUCUACCCAAGCAACGAGACUUUUGCGGCCCCAGUGGACGAUAUCAAUAGACAGAACGAUAUAGAUCAGCUCCCAUUCAAAGCACCCGAUUCUUUAGCUUAUACACCUUCUGCGGAUGAUGCUCAUGCUGCGCAUCACCAUAUGCAUUUAUUUGGUAGGUGGCGCCACGAAGGUGACGAAGAAACGAUUGAGAAAGACCAGGUGCGAACUGAAUCCUAUGGCCUUGCAUCUACUUCGUAUGAGGGCCCCCUUGAAUCAACAGCUCGCCAGGAAGAGCUGCAAUCGAAGUCAUUGCGUGAUUAUGCACAAGCAUAUCACCAUGGACAAUCAUGGGAAAGUGGAAGGAUAAGUAAACUUCCCUCAAAAACUGCAGUACUUCAUUUGAAAACAUCUGAAAUGAGGGAGGUAUCGCCACCAGCCAAAAGUGAGGAAGAAAAAGGAAAAUACCGAUUGAUUGCUCGAAUUCCUCACGUGACUUCGGGAAGCGAACAGGAGUCACAAAACUCCAGGAAAGAGCAGGAUUCACGAGGGCUUUCCGGUUUAUGGAGGACAGGAAGAAAUAAGGAAGGUGAGACGUCGGCACAUGAAUCUGUCUACCGAGUAAAUGAAGCAUUUGCGAGCCCGUUGGACGAUAUCAAAAGACAGAGAGAUUUAGACCAAAUUCCAUUCAAAUCACCUGCUUCUCUUGCUUAUACACCAUCUGCGGAUGAUGCUCAAGCCACGCAUCACCGUAUGCACGAAUUUGGUAGACGGCGGCAUGAAGGCGAUGAAGAGACUGUCGAAAAAGAUCAAGUGCAACCUGAAUCAUACGGCAUAGCAUCUACUUCAUAUGAAGGACCUCUUGAAUCCACAACUCGUCAUGCGGAGCUGCAAUCAAAGCCACUGCGUGAUUAUGCCCAAGCAUAUCACCAUGGACAGUCAUGGGAAAGUGGAAAGAUGGGUAACCUCCCCUCAAAAACUGCAGUACUUCAUUUAAAAACAUCCGAAAUGAGGGAAGUAUCACCCUCUAGAUUUGGAGAAGAGACAGGAAAGUACCGGUUAAUUGCUCGAAUUCCUCAUGGGAUUUCCGAUGAAGAACAAGAGUCACAAAAGUCAAAAAAAGAGCAGGAUUCACGAGGGCUUUUCGGUUUAUGGAGGACAGGAAGAAAUAAGCAAAGUGAGAUGUCAGCUAACGAAUCUGUCUACAUAACAAAAGAGAAAUAUGCAGGACCAUUAGACGAUGUCGAUAGGCAGAGAGAUAUAGAUCAACUGCCUUUCAAGGCACCUACUGCCGUGACUUAUAAACCAUCUACUGAUGAUUCCCACCCCACGCAUCAGCGUAUUCUUUUAUUUGAUAGGUGGCGUCAUGGGGGGGAUGAGGAAGUGGUCGAUAAAGAUCGAGUGCAACCUGAAGCAUAUGGUCUUGCGUCCACUUCAUAUGAGGGGCCACUUGAAUCAACAGCCCGUCAUUCUGACCUGGAAUCUAAACCGCUGCAGGAUUAUGACCUGUCCCGUCUUUCACGAGAAGCUGAGAGAAGCCACAUCCCAGAAAAGACGUCGGCUCUUCAUUUGAAUGCAUCUGCGCUUAAGGAAAAGCCGACAUCCGAGGAAGAGUUAAGGAAGAUUCGGGUGAUUGCUAGAGUUCAUCAUGGCGAAUCAGAAUACGAAGGAGACUUCAAAAAACCAGAAAAAGUGCAACAUUCAUGUGAAGUUCCAUCUGAUCGACCAGUGUCUUCCUCGGACAGGCACACAGGGCGGUUUGAGGGAAAAACGAUGAGCGGUGAGGAGUAUGUUGAGGUGCGCGUUGAUCGACGUGUAGAAAUUGAACUGGAGCCUACGCUUUGCUUGACCGGGGCGGGGUUGGGCGCACUCUCUGAGGAUGAAGAUGGAUUGAUCUUCUCAAUCACUCCACCACCGAUGCCUUCGUCUGAUCGUUCCUUCUUCAGCCGGCUGCUUUUCAAGAGUUCGUCGAAGAAGCCGAAGAAACAAAAGAAAGUUGCGAAGGAGGCCGGUUCAAGUGAUUCUUCCAGCAGUUCCGAUGAUGAGAAAAAUCAGGUCCACAUCAUGCCCGUCGAGAGUGGUGGUGUCACCUUCCCGCUCUAUGUGGAUCCGGAGGACAAGGACGGCAAACUUGUGCGUCGAGAAACGAACGAGCUGAAGUAUCAUCUCAAAGGAGAGGGGACAUCUCCCGGAUUCGAUCCUCAAAAUCCGUCUUUGGCGUCAACGAUGGCCGAAGCAGAACGUCUGAAUCUGUGCAGUCCGCGGCUGGAGCACGCGGAGCGCACUGUCACUGUGCGCGCAUUGGCACCACUGCCGCUCUCUUAUGAGGAGAGCGGACAGCCGCAUACUACCAUCUCCACAUGGCAGGAAUCUAGCCGUCUUCCUGAUGAAGUGACGACCGAAUAUGAUGAAAAAGGGAACAAAAUCACGCGAACACUAAAGACGUCACAAGUAAAGCACACCGUCCAGAAACAAACUUUCCAAAACUACGUGGUUCCCACGGAGGGGCAACCGGGUGUAGUUACUGUGGAACGUUUACAUGAAGAAACAACUCCGCUCGGGGUCACAGCGAUUGCCACGAACGGCUCUGCGUCCUCGCCCCAUGUCGUUGAAACACAUUCGCGCUCUAUUGCCUAUGAAGCCGAUCCGAACGAACUGCAUCACGAGGGCCUUGGAGAGUUUGUAUCCUGCAAAACACUUACUUCUGGUAACCGAACAGUGGAGACGUACACUUACAAAACUGAGCGCGAUGGCAUUAUUGAGACGCACGUCGAACAUCGUGUGACCAUCCAUUCCGAUGAGCCCAUUGAUCACGAUGCAGAAUUGAGCCAAGCGAUUAUGGAAGCGACUCAGAUGAACCCAGAUAUGACUGUGGAGAAGAUCGAAGUGCGUCAGGAGUCCACAGCUUGA